AUCAGAAUUGCGACCUUAUCUGUGAUAUGUCACAUGAUACUAUCAGAAUCAGCUGAUCCGAAGAAGAGUACGACAUACACCGGAUGCUACAAACAGAACAGCACAACGUUUGGAUGGGAGAAUUCAAGCGUCCUGAUUAAUGUUAACUUUUCAACUGAUGUGUAUCGGGAAUGUCAAAGCAAAGCAAGAGGACAAGAACUCCACCUGGCUCAGUUUGAGUUCGACAAAAAUGAACAAUUAUCGAUCAGGUGCAAACCUGAAACGAAGAUCCACAUAUUUGAAGCUCUGCUCUUCGAUCUUACUCCCGAAUGCUCUGGUAAAGACAUUAAAAACGUUACAACGUCAAUUUACAACAUGUGUUCCGCUGCAGAACAGUGUCAAAUAUACGACCUUAUUGAAGCAGAGUACAAUGUUGCAGAUGGUUGUAUUUACGAAAGGAUGAAUAUUACUUUUGGAUGCAUGUACGACAGAUUGUUCAAAUUAACCAGAUUAACCAGAUAUAAUGAGUUUAAUGAUGAUGGUUCAUGCAGUUAUAAAUCAUGCGUUAACAUUGAAGGGAUAAUCGUUUUCGGGACUUUCUUUGGUGUGCCACUGGUCAUCUUCUUAUGUAUCUGCUGCUGCUGUUGUUACAAACGUUGUGGAAAAUACAGUCAGAGUGGUAGAAUGAUUUCCCCACCACCUGCAACCGGAGGUACCUACCCACCACCUGCAACCGGUGGUACCUACCCACUACCUGCAACCGGUGGUACCUACCCACCACCUGCAACCGGUGGUACCUACCCACCACCUGCAACCGGUGGUAAUUACCCACCACCUGCAACCGGUGGUAAUUACCCACCACCUGCAACCGGUAGUAACUACCCACCACCUGAAAGAGGAAGUACCUACCCACAACCUUCAUUCGGUGGUACCUACCCACCACAUGCAACCGGUGGUACUUACCCAUCACCUGCAAUCGGACGUUUUAACCCACCAGCUGCAACCGGACGGUUCCAACCCACCACCUACAACCGGACGUACCAACCCACCACCUGCAACCGGACGCACCUACUCAUCACCUGCAACCGGAGGUAACUACCCACCACCUGCAACCGGUGGUAACUACCCACCACCUGCAACCGGAGGUACCAACCCACCACCUGCAACCGAAGGUACCUACUCAUCACUUGCAACUGUUGGAGCUGGGAUAUCUA